AUUUGUAAAUAAAACCAGAUAAACGGGAAGCAAUUGUAUAAAAUGCAGUGCCCACGUCCACAAGAACAAAAUGCAAAUGAGUGAACGGUGGGGCUAGGGUAACACACACACUCUACACACACACACAUGUCGGAGCUGGAGAGACUGCAGUCGGGCGACCCGUGUCAAGAGUGCCGAGCCCAGGGCCUGGAGCACAAACUGCGCUACUUUCACAUCAGCCUCGAGGAGCAGUUGCUAAAGUGCGAGUCCCGCAGCUGCCUCUGGCCACACAACGAUGAGGUUUCCUCCUCUGACGAAGAGUUCGACUUUGGAGAAGCAAUUCCUAUCCAAGCGUCGCCAAAUGAAGUCUCUGCUGCUCCAGACGAGGGCGAUGAGUUUAUCCUGCAGCUGCUGCAGGAACUGGGCUCAGGCGAGGAGCCGGCAACCCAGCCUGAGUCUGAUUUGAAUCUCAUCUCCAUGCCGGAUCUGCUUUCUGGCCCUCUCACUGAACCAGAGGCUUGCACAGAGCUAGAUUUAAGCUGGCUGGAGCCAGAAGUUCCCGACAAGACAGGCAAAGUGGAAAUUCCGCCGUUGACUGAGCCUGUGCUUAGUCCCAAGACUGAAACCUUCGACACUUUGCCGUCACAAAGUCCCAGAGCUAGCCCAAGGAGCGAUCCCUUCGCAACUCCGCCCCGCAAGGCGUCCACGCUGCCACGGAAAGAGCCCAAACUUUGUCCAGUGCCCUUGAAGGCGGCCACAACAAAAGCGCCCGAAAAGAACGAACUUGUCAGCAAGGAAAAUCCGUUUCUGGACGCCAUAAAGCGGCUUAAUGCUGCGCCAGUGCGCAGCUCAAAGACGACCCGCAGACGCCCAGUGGUCAGAACUGGAGCGGGCACAACGUUGCGAACGCAGACGGUGAUGCAGCUGCUCAAGCAGCGGCAGGAGCAGCCAUGACAAUUUUCCAUUCUUUUUGUUUGAAUAAAUUUGCGAAUGGAAUUAUGCAUAUGCGAAUACGAAACGAAAUCAAGUUCGUUUAUUUAUAAACAAAA